AUGAGCGGCGAGAAGCAGGUCACUACUGCGAACCUCGAUGAUGACCAGAACAGUGCGCCGCCUCGGUUCAUGCUCUUUGCUCUGCUGCGCGAGAACCUAGCAACGACGGAUGCAGUCACGCCACCUCCAGAUGGGGGGUUGCAGGCCUGGACUCAGGUGGCCAUGGCCCAUCUAAUUCUGUUCUGCACUUGGGGUUUCAUCAACUCGUUUGGCUUCUUUCAAGCCUACUACGAGGUGACCAUGAGGGUCAGUGGCUCGCGGAUCUCAUGGGUCGCAUCCAUUCAAGCUUUCCUGCUUAGCUUCAUUGGCAGUUUCUCCGGUCGUCUGAUGGAUGCAGGCUACUAUCGCUACUGUUUAAUUGGUGGCUUUAUCCUCCAAAUUAUAGGAAUCUUCAUGGUCUCCUUAUGCAAGCAGUAUUGGCAGGUUUUCCUAGCCCAGGGACUAUGCUGUGGCAUUGGCGACGGACUCCUCUUCUGUCCGACUACAGCCCUGAUAGCAACAUACUUUGUUAAACGUCGCGCCAUCGCACUAGGGCUAUCACUGUCCGGAUCAAGUACCGGUGGCUUGAUUUUCCCUAUCAUGGUUCAGCAGCUCCUUCCUAAGAUAGGCUUUGCGUGGACCGUACGCUGUAUGGGCUUUGUGGUGCUUUUCUGCUCUAUCGUAUGUCUCAGUCUGGCACGACCCCGUCUGCCCAGACGGGUCAGUGGUCCGCUCGUCGAACCGAGUGCUUUUCGCGAGCUGCCUUACUCGCUCUUUGUGGUUGGCAUCUUUCUUACCCUCUGGGCUGUCUAUUUUAGCUACUUCUAUAUCAACUCCUAUGCUCUUGAUGUGAUUGGAACUUCCAACUCUGACUCACUCAGCAUGCUCUACAUCAUCAAUGGAAUGGGCAUUCCCGGACGUAUUGUCCCCACUUUGGCAGCAGAUCGCUAUUUCGGUGGCAUCCUCAAUACUUAUGUCGUACUUGGGAUUAUUGCCGGGGUUCUGCUCUACUGCUGGAUGGCUGUCAAGAGUUACGGCGGCGUGAUUGCUUUUGUUAUCUGCUAUGGGUUGAUUGGAGGAGGCGUACAGGGAACGGCAUUGUCAUCAUUGCCAAUGUUAACGACAGACCUCAGCAAAAUGGGCGUCCGUAGUGGAAUGGUCCUCUCCAUAGUGGCUUUUGCAUGUCUAACCGGGCCUCCUUUGGCCGGCGCACUAAUUCAACGCGAUGACGGCUCAUACACCUAUGCCUGCGCUUGGGGAGGAACGUCGUUGAUCCUGGGGUCCUUGUUUGUGAUAGCUGCUCGUUGGGCAAUGUUGCACCGGCCGCAAACCUCCCAUCCGCGGGUAGUAACGGCGCUGAGAUCCGCUCGCGAAGCGUUCACCACUUCCAACCCAAAAUCAUUACUUGCAUACAGCGAAGCAAGCCGCUACUUUCCUGCAGGAAACACACGCACCUUGCUGCACUCGCUCCCUUUCCCAUCGACAUUCCAGGCCGCUCACAGCUGCUAUCUCACUUCACUAGAUGAUGCCACCCACAUAGAUUUUUGCAGCGAAUAUACCUCCAGCCUCUUUGGUCACAGUCAUCCGGUGAUCGAAACAGCCAUAGAAGCUGUGCUGAGCACGGGCUGGAACUGUGGAGGCCUCAGUGAUCGCGAACGAUAG